AUGGAGAAUGCCCCUAUUAAGUAUGGAUUACAACUUGAAUCUGAAUCGGAAGAAGGGGUGGAAGAGACUCAGUUCCAAAAGGAUGCAGGGUAUCUUGGCAAUAUGAUUACAUGGUAUAAUAACAGGGGAGCUCCUGAUAUUGUAUGGAAGAGACUGUAUAGGAUGGUGUAUAACUCAGAAUGGUAUGAAUUGUAUGGUAGGACUACUGUUACCCACCUUGCUAAUGCAUAUUUCUCUUAUGUCGUCAAAAGUAUAUGGGAAGAGAAUAUCCAAGGUAAUCCUCUCUGGUCCUUACACCAGAAGCUUAAAAAGACUGUCUCCAAACUCAGUUCCUGGUCAAGAGAAGUUUAUGGAGACACUCAUGAAGAACCUAUAAGACUCGACCGAGAAAUUUCUAACCUUGAAUUUGUUCUGAUGAAUAAUAACAACGAGAGCAAUAGAACCAAGCUGUACAUAUCAAAGGCUGAAUAUAUUAGAUAUCUCAAAAUUCAGGAUUCUAUGUUGAGACUGAAAUCUAGAGUUAAAUGGCUCUCUGAAGGUGAUUCUAAUACUUCUUACUUUCACAGUGUGAUCAAGGAUAAAAGAAGGAAACUGGGCAUCAACAAGAUUCAGAAUGAACAUUUCCAAUAG